AUGCAAGUCGUUGAACACUCCUCAGCAACCAUCUCUUUCUCCUCGGAAGACGCUCAGGGCAUUCAGAUGCCCCAUGAUGAUGCCCUCGUCAUCGAGGCCAUCAUCCACAAUUAUAAAGUAAAGAAGGUUCUAGUGGACGAUGGGAGCAAAGUGAAUCUGCUGCCUUACCGAGUCUACCAGCAGAUGGGUAUUCCUGAAGAGCAAUUAAUCCGAGACCAGGCCCCGAUUAAAGGGAUAGGAGGAACGCCAGUGACGGUGGAAGGAAAGGUAAAGCUAGCCCUUACUAUGGGAGAAGCUCCAAAGACUCGCACCCAUUAUGCAGUGUUUCUGGUAGCUAAACUCCCCCUGAGCUACAAUGCGAUCCUAGGAAGACCUGUGUUGUUUGACUUUGAGGUUGUCACCAGUAUCAGAUACUUGGCAAUGAAGUUCCCCACAGAAGCAGGGGUGGGAACAGUUCGGGGAAGUCAAGAGGAAGUAAGGGCAGUGUACCUGGCUACCGUAGCGGAGCCAAGCUCAACAGAGGAAAGGAUGGAUUCGGAAGUCCUGGAGGUCCGAGAUGAGAAAACAGAGGCCAGACAGAGCCGGUGGGGGAGCUGA